UUAAUAGUAGAAUUACACAUAUCUAACCAAUAAUGAAUAUCAUUGACGCUCAUUUGAUCCACAUUUUGUACAGUAUCGCGAAGCACUUGUACAAGACGUUCGAUAAGAUCAAUCGAAGCCAUUUUUACUGUUUUCUUUUUCACUAGAGUGUCACUAGAGUGUCACUAGUAAUCUUGCACAAAGAUGAACUGUGCUCGUCUAAGAGAAAUUUCUCUCUUUUAAAGCUGAAAUCAUCAUAAGAAGAGGUGGAAGAUCUCGCUGCUGAGGAGAGAGGAGAAAGAUUUUCUCGGGAAGGGAUGAAUUUUCUUCCAAUAAGGGAGAAGGGAUGAAUUUUCUUCCUUUUGAACCAACCAAAAAUCGUCUUUUCACCCCAACAAAUGAGGGCUAUGCAUUUGUUUUGAGCAUCCAUUCCUGGAAGAGUGAAAGGCGGAGUUUCAUAUUAUAAAACGAGGAUGCUGGGACCUCGCGAGAUCACUUCUUGCUAAGCUGUCUACAAGCUGAAAAGAUGGAAAGAACACGAUUUCAGAGAAUCGCAGAAGAUACUUUUAUUUUCAAAGAAAUAAGUUUCCUUAAUUUGAGGAAAACUGCCUUACCGACCGCAUAUCUUUUCAAACCUCCAAUGGCUUGGGAAAAACUGACAGAAGAGGAAAAAUGUAUGUCUCAAUGGUUGGAAAAGAGUCAUCAUGGAAUAGCGUGGAACUCUGGCGAUAUUCCGUAUCAUCGUCUUUAUCGAAUCUUGCAAAUCUGCACGCAAGGAGUAGAAAAAAUAUUCAUAAAGGGAGAACAGAAAGCCCGAUGGAUGAAAAAUAUUUUGCCAAACAUAUCCAUUUCAAAUGUUGAAGACUUCAGAUGUCCACCUCUUGAAGAAAUAAUAAGUGAAAACCAGUACUUUUGUUUCAACCAUGCUCUUUGCAUACGGAGAAAACCUAUGUGCGCCAUUCACAAUGUUAUAUCAAUACGAGCUUGGCUGUUAAAUUAUCUAGAAUCAUCAUUUGGUCAAGAUGAAAUUGAUAAUAUUUUUAAAAAAAAUAAUACAUGUACAUGUUUAUAUUGGAAAUAA